AAUUACAGAACCCUUAAGUGUUAAAGUGAAAGUAGCUGACCUAUGUUAUGCGAUUUAAACUUAUCUGUCCUUUUUAUACACUGGAUACGUGGGAUAAUUAAUUUUAAAAGUGAAAAAAGACAAAGUAAUUUAAAGUGAAAAUGUCACGAAUACGUCUCGUCACCUUUGACGUCACAAAUACGAUUAUUCGUGUGACAAAAAGUGUUGGACAAAAUUACGCCAACGUUGCACGUAUGUAUGGUAAAGACGUAGACGUUACUAAACUAAACACUUCGUUCAGAGCGGUAUUUUCAAACUACAAUAAGCUGUAUCCAAACUUUGGCGUGCAUAAUGGAUUGACUCCAUUUAAAUGGUGGUCAAAGGUUGUCGUAGAUUCAUUUAGGGAAGCUGGUAGUGACGAACAGCAUUUAGAACAAAUUGCUCAGCAUUUGUAUGUAAUGUUCGCUACAUCAAAGGGAUGGGAGGUACUACCUGGUGCUGAAAAGACACUAACAGAACUGAAGCAAAAAGGAGUGAAGCUUGGAGUCAUUUCAAAUUUUGACGAUAGACUGGACAAAAUAUUGACCGAGUUGGCGUUGAGACAUUAUUUUGACUUUGUUUUAGCUUCGGCAGUUGUGAAAAUUGCGAAACCAGACCCGGAUUUAUUUGAAAUGGCUUUCAAAAUGGCGGAUGUGAAACCGGAAGAAGCUCUUCACAUUGGAGAUAAUAUACUGACAGACUACGUAGGUGCUAGGAAUUCCGGGUGUAAAGGCGUUUUGUUGGUUCCGCCGGACAAACAAAUUCCGAAGGACGUUGAUUCAUCAUGUGUUAUACGCAAUCUAUACCAGCUUACUGAUUAUUUUAAAACCUAAUUCAUUUAAAUGAUCCGUUACCUAAAUGCACGGACAUAUCAGCAUGAUUAUAGUGCGCCCAUUCUUCCCAGGAUUUAAGAACGAAUUGUGCUAGUAUGCCUACCUACAGUAUGUUUGGUUUCGGUGUCUAAAUUCGAUUUGAAGUAUUCAGAUUCUUGAAAAUUAAAUGAAUGAAUGUU